AUGGUGAAAAAAAAUAAAAAUGCAUGUAAUGUAAGUGAUUCUAUUGAAAGAAAUUUUUUAGGAGCAUCAGCUAAAAAAGUAAAAGUUGUUACAAAUGUACCAAGUAAAAACAUUAAAAGAAUUACUGGUUACAGAAUUAUAGACACUGAAAUUUUAUCUAAAGUUCUUUCAUUGUUAAUGUGUCCUCAAUGUGAAAAGUGUGCACUGUACUUAGGUGAUCAUCAGAAAAAAAAGAAAGGUCUAGCAACGUUGCUAUAUUUAAAGUGUACUACACUAUCUUGUGACUAUAAACAUGAAUUUUAUACAUCAGUUGCUUGUGAUAAAGGGUUUGAUAUUAACAACAGGACAAUAUAUGCAAUGAGAGUCUUAGGCCAUGGUCAUACUGGCAUUGAAAAGUUUACUCAGCUCAUGAAUAUGCCAAAACCCAUGACACCCAAAAACUAUUCAAAAAUUACAACUAAAAUAAAAAACAUUGUGAAAAGUGUUGCAAACGAAACAAUGUCAGAUGCUGCAACUGAAAUGAAAGAAAAUGCAACUAGUGAGGAUAUUGUUGAUGUUGGUGUAUCAUGUGAUGGAUCAUGGCAGAAAAGAGGAUAUCAGUCAAUGAAUGGAGUUUUUACCGCAAUUUUAAUAGAUAGUGGAAAAAUAAUCGAUGUUGAACCUAUGAAUAAAUCAUGUAAAGCUUGCUGUAUGAAAGAACAAUUAAAAAAAUCAAAUCCUGAUGCAUAUGCUAAUUGGAAAAACAAACAUAUUUGCCUGUACAAUUAUCAAGGUACAGCUGGUGGUAUGGAAUCAGUUGGCGCAGUGAGAGUUUUUAAACGCUCCAUCGAAAAACACAAGUUAAGAUAUACUCAAUUUCUUGGUGAUGGGGAUAGUAAAUCCCAUCUUUCUAUCAAAGAUAUAUACCCAAAUAUGGAGGUAAAAAAGUUGGAGUGUGUAGGACAUUACCAAAAACGAGUCGGUACUCGCUUACGCAAGUUAAAAAAAAAUGUUAAGGGUCUAGGUGGUCGUGGUCGACUAACCAAUGCAGUUAUUGAUCGCUUGCAAAAUUUUUUUGGUGUAGCUAUCCGGAGCAAUACAAAUGAUCUGAAUAAAAUGAAACAAGCAGUAUUAGCUAGCCUUUUCCAUGUAGCUUCUUCUAAGGAAAAUAACUAUCAUAUUUACUGCCCGACUGGAGGUGAUAGUUGGUGUAAGUUUAACAUUGAUAAAGCAAAGUCUACUUCCAUAUACAAACCUGGACCAGGAAUUCCUGCGGAUAUUAUUCACAAAAUCAAGCCAAUAUAUGCUGAUUUAAGUAAAGAUUCUGAAUUAGUAAAGUGUCUUCAUGGCAAAACCCAGAAUUGCAACGAGAGUUUUAAUAAUUUAAUAUGGUAUAGAUUACCAAAAAGUAAUUAUGUUGGUUUAGCCAGUUUAGAGUUUGGAGUGUACGAUGCUGUUGCAAAUUAUAACAUCGGUAUGAAGUCUGUCAUUUUAAUUUAUGAAAAACUAAAUAUGAAACCAGGGCAUUUUACUUUAGCUGGUUGCAGGCUCAUAAACAAAAAACGAAUAAAACUAUCAUUAUUUAAAUCGAGUGAAAGUUUUAAGAUGAAACAAAAGAUGUUUCAUCUUAAAACUUUCACGACGUCAACGAUUAUCAAAGGAUGA